AUGCUCACAACAGAGCCUAUGGCGGCGGAGGGUCAACCGCGACAGAUUGUCAUGGGCAAUCUUCUUAUUGAACCUGCAGGCAAGACCGUCAGCCCCGCAUAUGCCAAGGCGACCAGUGCCGCUUUCGCCGGCCUUAAGGUAGAUAAGCUCGCCGAAAUCAAGGGUGUGGACGAGUUUGACAAGAUUGAGGCUAAGAUACCGCGCUGA